CUCAGUAUAUUUUCUUUAAGGUCAAUGGCUGUGUGUGAGUGACGUAUAUUUUUUGUGGAGUUCCACGUGAGUUAGGCUUGAGUUAAAAACAAAACUAACAAUUAAUAUAAGCAUGAAUAAAACUGAUCAUGAAGAGAUAUCGACAAACAUGUCAGAAGAAAAUAAAGAAAUACUUCCCAAGUGUCUUCAAAAUUUGCAAACAUCAUCAAAUUCAUUUUUAGAACAUAAAGAAAACGAGAUAACUAUACAUAUGGCUGUUGAUAAGAAUAUAUCUAAUGUUAAACAAGAAACUAUCCAAGAAAAAUGUCCAGAUAUUACAGAAUGUAAUAUGUCAAGUAAUACCAAUAUAGUACAAAAUAAAUGUGCAAAUGAUCAAGUAAUUAAUCAAGUUGUGGAAGUAAAUAUUCAUAAUAAUAAGAUGCAAGUAAAUAAUCUAUUGCCACAACAGCAAGAUUGUGGUGGAACAUCUUCGCUUCAUAUGAUUGCUGUAGAAUAUAAAGAUACUGAUUCAGAUACUGAUUUAGAAGAGAUAAAAGCAGAUUCUAUAAAUGACACUGAAAAUCAACACACUGUGUUACAGAUGCAAAAUAUACAGCAAUAUCGUACAGUUGAAGAAAGCUUGUCAUCCUGUGAAGAAAUUGAUAGCGAAGAUGAUUCUAAUAGCAGCAUCAAUAUCAGUAGUAGUAGUAGUAGUAGUAGUAGCAGCAGCAGCAGCAGCAGCAGUAGUAGCGAUAGUAGUAGUGAUACUGGCAGCGAAAGUGGUUCAGAUGAUAUUGCGAGUACUAAUAACAGAAAGAAUGAAAGCAAGAUAAAUACAAUAAAGGAGAAACAUAUAGAAAGUGAGUUAGAUGAUCUUCCACCAAUAGAAGACUUACAUAUUACAGUUCCCGAAGUUUUAUGUAAUCCAUUAGGCGAGAUUGAAAAAAUAGUUGAGCAAUUGGUAAUCGUAAAACCAAAGCCUAGUGAGCCUACGCUUAAUCUGGAUACAGUUUUAUUCGUGAAUAGAGGAACUAAAGCACUUGGCAAAAUAUUCGACGUAUUUGGAUGUGUAAAUGAGCCAUAUUACUGUAUUCGGUUCAAUGACGCUAAACACAUAGAAGACAAUGGCAUUAAAGUGGGCAUGCAGGUUUAUUAUUGCCCGAGUAAGACAGAAUACACAUCCCUCGUUUUCCUGCACGAGUUGACAAAAAUAAAAGCUUGUGAUGCGGUUGGCGAUGACGAGCCGCCAGAAUUUUCAAACGAUGAGGACGAACUAGCGUAUGAAAUGCUGAAAAUAAAGCAGAAAAAUAACAAAGAUUCUUCUGACAGUAGGACGCUGCAUAAACGACAACGACGAACGGAUUCUAACAAUACAACAAUGGGCUGGCAAUCAAAUCAUCCAUGGAACAAAAAUAGAAAUGUCCAAUGUCAGAGAUAUAACAGAAAGAGGCAGCCAAAUCGGAAUUGGGAUCAUAUUAAUUCUGCACAAAACGGCUCAUCCUCCUGUAAUGAAUCUUGGCAACAAUAUCCAUAUCAAAAUAAUGCUUAUUGGCAACCAGUGUUACAGAAUACACAUUCGAUGUUCAACGGACCAUAUGGAGGUUACAGAUCAUCAUAUAACGGACAUUUGUCACAGUACAAUAAUUCAAAUAUUUCGGAAUACAGCGUAAAUCAAUAUUAUCAAGGUGCCAAACCUAAUUUCCAAAGUAACAACAUUCAAAGUCAAUAUCCUAGAAUUCCUUUCGGCGCUCCUCCGAGAUUAAAUCCGCCCGCAAUGAUAAAUUAUCAAUUUCCUAAUGCAUCAUAUCCGUAUACAAACAUGCCUUCUUGUUCGAAUUAUAUACAACCGCCAUUACCGAUAACGAAUGUCAAUGGAUAUAGAAACUCUUCACCAGCUUGUACGUCUUCUUCAGAUACGAAGAAUUCGACGAGUGUGGAUUUAAUUUCACCAAAAUGAUUUAAUGUCUUAUUAAUACUUUUUCUACUUUCACAGAAAAUAUUUUUCAUUUUCAAUACUAUGUAAUCUGUUAAUAAAAUUUCAAAA